UGCAGUUCUGAAAUCUUCAGAAAGUUGCUUUGUUCAGCGAAAACCAGGGAGUUGUCCUGCCUGCUGUACAGGUCCGCGUCGGCCGUUGGUUUUCCUUCAAUGCGCGGAGAGAACACGCAGCAUGGGAGGGAGGAGGUUCAGCUGUGCUCUCACACAAUUCAGACUCAUGGGGUUAGACUGGCCAGAAAACACCUGCAUGAUUGGGUUGUUCUUAUCUUACUUGCUGCAGUUGUGAUUGCCCUGCAUUAUGCUGCUCCAUUUCACCGGUUCAUUGGGAAGGGUAUGAUGACAGAUAUUAGUUAACCAGUGAAACAAAGUACUGUACCAGCAUGGGGCGUUCCUAUAAUAUCCGUAAUUUGCCCCGUAAUUAUCUUUGUAUCCAUAUAUAUUGUUAGGAGAGAUGUCUACGACCUUCAUCACGCAACAUUAGGUGUGCUUUACUCCGUCCUGAUAACUGCAGUUGUUACUACGGUAGUAAAGAAUGCAGUAGGAAGACCUAGGCCGGACUUCUUUUGGCGGUGUUUUCCUGAUGGAAAGCAGUUAUAUGAUCAAGUGACAGGCAGUGUGAUUUGUCAUGGUGAGAAAAGCUUCUUAAAGGAUGGACGCAAGAGUUUUCCUAGUGGACACACAUCAUGGUCUUUUGCUGGACUUGGAUUUCUGUCACUGUACCUAUCUGGCAAAAUUAAGGUGUUUGAUCGCCAAGGUCAUGUUGCAAAACUUUGCAUUAUGAUUCUUCCACUUCUUAUUGCUUCACUUGUCGGGAUUUCUAGAAUAGAUAACUAUCGACACCACUGGGAGGAUGUGUUUGCUGGUGGCCUACUAGGAUUUAUUAUAGCGGCCGUUUGUUACUUGCACUUCUUUCCACCUCCAUACCAUCAUCAAGGUUGGGGACCGUACGCAUGCUUCGAAAUGCUCGACGAUCUUCAAGUGGCCAACUCCCACAGUGCACAAAGCCAGCACUCUACGUUUGGGCAACAUGGCAUAUCUGGGGAAAACCAUAUCAGGACAUGAAGAAAUGAUCUGGAAGUUGGGCGCGUAUAGCAUCCUUACUGUAUUAUAAACCGAGGAACCUGCCAUGUACAGUAAGCAUGAUUAAACCUUCUAUGUCUGCAGUCAACAACUAUUAGCAACUAAAGCUCAAGCCUUUCACUAAAUGACAGCCUAUCAUGUGUGAAUCAUAAAGUUAGCAUAUACUAGUGUAGUCGUCCCCAGGCCCACCUGUUGCGUCCAAACUGUUUCCUUAUUUCUUAGCGUGUUUUAGUUCCUAGUGGAAGUACUGAUAGGGAACUUAUUCCAGUGUUACAAUACAAGUAGAAAGGAGGUAUGAGAAUGACAUUCACAUGGGCUCUCAAUAUUCUGUGCCAGGUUGCACCGUCCAACAGUGUAGUGUUCCAAACUCUCUCAG